AUGGACGCACUUCCGUACCUUCACCUCAUCCCUGGAGAGCAUCUCUCCAUCCCUGAUAGAUACCUCCCGCAGGAGCUUUAUCUUCGGUUUCUCCUCGAGAUAACGCUUGCAUACAAGGACUGCGAGCGCCAUAGCCGCUCGGAGAAUACGUUAUACGGCCUUUAUCAGAAGAUCUUGAGCACAUUCACUGAUCACAUUCAACCACACCCUGAAGGUGUCUUUAUCUUGUACGGCCAACGGCACAUGGAUUCUGAUACAGCCUAUGAACUUCACCGCAAUGUUCAGAAGUACUUGGUCGUUAUCCCAGACUUUUCUAUACUUCACCUUCGGCUUAGCCAAGCAGGGGAGAUACAGCAGCGGUGCAGAAUGCUUAUCGAGAUCAAGAGAUCAGUCAUUCCAAGUCAAGCUACUGGAGGCUAUAGACCAUACUUCUGGUUGACAGAACAUUCGCGAAGAGAGUUCAACCUUGCCGUUCGAGGAAGUCUCCGUCAAAUUCUUCUUCAGGCUUUUGUCGCCUUUCAUACUUUCCCUGAUGAUCCAGUCAUGUAUGUGACCUUCAUUGCUGGGGCUCAUUUCGCUCUUUUCGAAGUUAGACGUCCCGACAAUCUGGAAUCCCUGCCUCAAGAAAACAACAUUGGUGACGGACCCGAAACGGCGGACAAUGCCCUCGGCGAGCAGGAUCCAGACUAUGGACUACGCAACAGCAAAGACAUGGAUGAUGCCAUUGUUUCAGAGUUCAUUCCACAACAAUACGUGAGACUUAUUCUCUACGAUGAGCCCACUGUGGAACGAAGCAUCUCGGAUACCCGCGGGGGUCUUACUGGUAUAUCGCCUGCGUUUGCCAAGUGCUUCUUGACCGCUCUUCCACCUGGAUUCGGAGUCCUAGAUAACCUUUUCCUUACUACAAAGUUGAAAAGCAUCUCCGCCACUAAUUUUGCAUCUGAUCCUGCGCGUUGGACUGAAGCAAAUUCAAAGAAAAUCCACACAGUCAAUACUUUACUUGACACGUUUUAUGCCAUCGACAACAACGAUGGGGACACGAGCACUGACUCGUACGCUGGUGAUCAAUCCAUAAGUGUUUCGUCCGAAACAUCGUACGGUCCAGAUGCAUCAUAUGAACCCCCUCGUGGGACAUAUCAGGCCUAUCUCAUACUGGAGCAGAACACUGAACCGCGAAGGAGUCCGAGGUUCAACUAA